AUGGAUGCCUUCAGCACCAAGAGCCUGGUCCUGCAGGCGCAGAAGAAGCUGGUGAGCAAGAUGGCGUCCAAGGCAGUGGUGACCGCGUUCAUCGAUGACACCAGCAGUGAGCUCCUGGACGAACUGUACCGAGCCACCAAGGAGUUCACGCGGAGCCGCAAGGAGGCCCAGAAGGUGGUGAAGAACAUGAUCAAGGUGAUGCUGAAGCUGGGUGUUCUGCUUCGCGGCGGCCAGCUGGGCAACGAGGAGCUGGCACUGCUGCAGCGUCUCCGGCGGCGGGCCCACAACCUGGCUAUGACGGCCGUCAGCUUCCAGCAAGUGGACUUCACCUUCGACCGGCGCGUGCUGGCCACCGCGCUGCUCGAGUGUCGGGACCUGCUGCACCAGGCCGUGGGCUCCCACCUGACCGCCAAGUCCCACGGCCGCAUCAACCACGUCUUCAGCCACUUGGCCAACUGCGACUUCUUGGCAGCGCUCUAUGGCCCGGCUGAGCCCUACUGCUCCCACCUGCGCCGCAUCUGUGAGGGCCUCGGCAAGAUGCUGGAUGAGGGGAACAUCUGA